CCCUGUCUAGCCCAGCCAGUUGAGCCCAGAAAGCAAGUCAGCUUCUGAGAUAUGAAUCAAUAUAUUUCAAACAUACUCUGUUUAUAUACCAAUCAAGCAGACCACAUCGUACCAUAAAAUAGAAAACAACACCAGGUUCUUGACUAUUAUUUGAUGCAUGUGACAUAUUUUCUUAGUCAAAUUCCGCACGCAGCUGCUGAAUCACCCAUGCUUUGGAGAUACGACGGAAGUAGAUGGGUUGAUUUCUCAAUUGCACAGUGAGCUGGGAAAUGAUUGCAGCCUCCAUGAAUCCUCGACAAAUCGUAUUUCAAACGACACAGCAGCCAUUCAUGAUCCGCCCAGUGGUCCAGAAAUGUCCAAUUCAGAAACAUGCCCUGUCGCGAGUUCAAAUCCCACUGUCCCCGAAACAUGUACAGACAGUGAGGUAUCCAGCUCACAAGAAGAUCCCAUCGUUUUGCCAGAAAAUAUGUCACAUGCAUCAAAUAAUAGUCAAGAACCUGGUGCAGUUUUGUCACACGCUGAUUAUCCCAGUGAUCAAUUAUCUACUAAUGAGAUUUUCAAGAAAUUCGAUGACAAUGUUCCAGAAGAUCCAAACUCUGAUGACUUCGGAUUGAAUGGCGUUUAUCCUCACUAUCUGGUCAGUCUUACUGGAUUCCCUGUUCAAUAUGUUUUAAAUGCCGUCAAAUUAAUUGUAAUUUGGGUUUAUGAGGACCCGACAUUAUUUCGCGGGGGAGGAUGGACGCGGAAAAUUUUAAAAUCCGGAUAUCAACUCCAGAUCUUCACAAAAAGGGAUGUGUUGGGAUAUUCAGAAAAAUAUCCCAACACUUACCUAGUACCCAUUUCUUAACAACUGCAUUACUAACCCGGUGGUCCCAGGAUAUACGAGCAAUGCUUUGAAGACACCGAUAAUCGAAUAAUAUUAACGUAGGAAUAUACUCUUACCGAUCAUGACUGUUCAUAUACAUUAAUUAGUUCGUCAAUUCGAAACAUUAGAAUGACCAAAGAAUAAAUACAGUUGUGAUAUGAAAUAAAU